AUGAUUCUCAGGCGCCCACUUCUCAACGCGACCUCUGCCAUAUUAAUACCAAAGACAUGCGUGCGCAAUCUCCAACACUCGAUUCCCAUGCGCCCAGUUCCCAAACCCAUACCCUUCAUUCCAGACCACACUGCCUUUCUUAGCGCAAUUGGCCGCGGCCUCUCCGCCCACGCGACCAAAAUACCGUCCUGGGAAGCCCUCUUCACCCUCACAUCGCCGCAAUUGAAGGAGCUUGGUGUUGAGCCUGCCCGGUCUAGACGCUAUUUACUGCAGUGGCGGGAGAAGUACAGGAACGGGGAAUACGGCAUUGGUGGGGAUUGCAAGCACGUCACAGAUGGAAUCGCCGAACUGAAGGUCGUCGAGGCGCCAGUACCGCCAAACCCUCAACUGGGCAACACGAUAAGUCCUCGCUCCGCAAUCGCGACGGCCGAUCAUGAUCCUGGAACAAGAAAGCUCGUGGUCAAUAUACCCACUGGUGCUGAGGGACCAGUUGAGCCGGUAGAGACAUUACCCAAAGUACAGGGCGUCAUUGUGAAGGGUGCAAAGACGAUCAAGGGUAGCUUUGUGGAGACAGUCAAGGGAAGCCAAGGUCUAAGGGCGAGGAUCCGACUUCAAGAGGGUAUCUGGGAGGUGAAGAGGGGACACAAGGUAGAUGGUGGUGAGAGGAGGAAGGCAGAGGUGAGAGCGAAGAGGAGGGCAGCCGAGAAUAAGGAGAAGGCGAGGUAG